AAUAUUUUGGAUAUGAGAUCCUCUUUAUAGGCUGGGCUGUGCAAAAAGGUCGGGCAAUUUGUAAUGCUAUGAAGCACUGUCUGCUUUCAAACACACACGGAUGGGUUUUCUUUAUUUUUUUCUCGUCUCAGUCUUAUCGAUCAUUAAUUCAUGUGAAAAGACGGAUAACCUGAUAAUAGAACUAGCAAUACCGGAUGUCCCCACGUUACCAUAUUGUGAUUGAACCAACCAAUCCAGGUCUUGUAGAGAUCAGACAAUGAUACAAAGGAAACGAAACAAGGAGACAUGCGAGUGUAUUAAGGAAGCGGCUGUGAUUUUAGUAGCUUACAGUCAGUCACAUGUCUAUCUUGUAUUGAUCGUAUGAAUAUCGCGUUCAAACAUGACAGCUGGAUCCAGCCAGCGGAAUGCAGCAGUGGUCUUAUUGAUAUUUCAUUUAUAUUUAUAUGGGAGUUAUCAACUGACUGAGUUACAGGUAUGCCAUCUCUGCAACAGAACAGUGCAGAAUAGCACCGCUCUGGACCAGUUCUGUUCCGCGUCUGCGGGCUUGGUUGACGGAUGCUGCUGCCUGCUGCGAAAAGAAAACAGCAGCAAUGCUGACUACGUCAUCGGGUUGGACCUAUCAAACUGUUCUCUAAGUCAUGUCAAGGACCUUCAAGAGGCAUCAACAGCUGCAAUGAUAGAUAUCUCACUGAACCCCAUAGUUCAGCUGAACAAUUCACUGUUUCAAGGCUUCAUCCAGUUGGAUAACCUGAUUCUGCCUGUCAACCUGACCUGUCCAGGAGGCAAUGCAUCAUGGAAUAAAAUGGAGGUCAAAGGGGACACUCGUCACUGUGAAGGACAGAAGGACAUCUGCAACCAGACCGGACAUCUGUCAUUGAACUGCCCUGAGAACUCCCUCUGUGCAGCGUAUGGCCCGGGCUUCUUUGAGUGUAGCUGUGUGGACCACUUCCAUGGAUACAAGUGUCUCCGAGAGGGGAAGUUCCCUAUAAUCAAGGUGUUCGGGAUUCUAGGGGCCUCCACAGUCCUGGUCUCCAUCCUGCUAUGGGUCACCCAGAGACGCAAGGUCAAAUCUGCCUGAGGUUGUACCCACUCCCCUGGUCUGAGGCCUGGUCCUGGGACUCUAUUUGGGAAAACACUUGUCUUCCAGUGAUGCUGACAUGAAGAGACAGGGGUGGAAAAAUGUGACCAUUUUAAAAAAACUGACUUUAGCGUGGAAAGUCAGCGUAUUCUAUGGAGGUAGUUGUAUCAUUGACCUUUAUAGUUUCAAUCAUCUGUUUUGAUGGGGUUGUUAAAUCUUUGUUUUAUCACCACAGAUGUUGCAAUCGUUGUAGCCUUUAAAAACAUAAAAAAAAAAAAAAAAACAACCUUGCAGACAUUUCCCUAGAUCAACAUGAAAUCUAAGAGAUUGUGAUGCGGGACAAUACACGACCUCACUUUAUGGUCUACAGUAUGUGCCAAAUCGUGUUUUAUAAAAAUAAAAAAGUUGACUAAGAUGCUUGGGGCCAGUUUCCCGGGACAUCGACUAAAGCCUCGUACAGGACUAAAACAUCUAUUUCAAUGGAGAUUCUCCACCGAGCAUGUUUUUAGUCCAGCACUACGGUUAAUCUGUGUCUGGGAAAUCAAACCUUAUACUUGAUCAAUGAAGCAUGAAUAGUAG